AUGCAGCGGCUAAAGUCUUUCAGUGUAUUAGAGAGAUGGCUCCUGUAUGUUUCCCAGAGGCGUUCGAUGGCGGGUCUCUUUGAAGAGGAACAUUCUACUGGUACAGGUGAAACAGACGUUGCGGCAUUCGCCCGCUCCAUGGAUUACCUUGAGAAAGGUAAUACACGCAUUGACAAGAAAGCGUAUGGUAUUCCUUUUCAUGUUAGUGAAGCAGAGGCCGUAGAUGCAGUUUGUCGUCAUCACGGAACUGCUGUUCAUGUUCACAACGUUGAACGAUUUCUGAUGCCCUUUUGGAUUGCCACAACCGCAGCUAGUGGUAAAUUUCGCGCAGACGUCCUUCAGAAGGAUCCAGCAUUUUUGACACAGCAGCAUUGUCUUGUUUGGGUAGAAGGGCCAAACUACGAGUUUCACUACCCUUUUGGUGAACAUCAUGUUUUCAAUCAAGUCUCUGCCUCCUACCUUCACCCUCUUUCAAUGGUGGAACGGUGUGUAACUGGAACCCAUGUUCCUUCAAUGUUAGUAUCACGUUUCGAAUUGCUUAAAGAACUUGAAAGAAUGGAUAAACCACCUAAAGUUGUGCCUUUUACAAUGUCUACAUUGACAGCAUUUUCUAUUUUAGAUUCCCGUCUAAGCCGAAAGAAAAUUCUCCAGCGAAUAGAUCAGGAAUUAGUGAAGUUUCAUGGUUCAUUUAUAAGAAGUAACAUUACUAUUACUAGCGUUUUUAAAGAGAGUGUGCGUAUUCGACCUGUUUUUUUGCCCUUGUUGAGAUUUACAGUCACAACAGGAAUGGUCACCACUCCAGUACCUUCGUUUGUCUGUGGUGCAACAGGAAAAGUGGUGGGUCCUGUUUUACAUCUUACUAAACGAGCGAAACUUAGCGUAAUGGUUCUUAGUGGUGCCUCUGCGAUGCUGCUCUCAGCGCCUGUUGUGGGGCCAGGUAUUUCUACAGCUAUUGCGAUUGCCUCAUCCGUUGCUUCUGUGUAUAUACAACGUUAUUUGCUGACGGUGCGCUUCUUGAAGGAACAAGCCAGACAUAUGGCAGAACUCAAAACGACUGGUAUGUUGUACUUCUCCUCUGAUCAGGAGGGUUACCGCUGGUCUCCAGAGGAUGAGGAACGUGAAGAGUACGAAUACCGCGAAGAGCUUCGCCAGCGGGCACGACGAAAAGAAACAUUCGAGCAACAAGUAAAGGAAGAGGCUGCACGGGACGAGGCCCGGCGUACCCGACAUAUCGACUCUAAGAAUAGACGGCGAACAGAUUUAGAGAACGUGGACCCGCUUGGGUACUAUAAACUCCUAGGACUGACCGGAAAGGAAUUCUCCGCCACGGCGAGAGAUAUCGCUAAAGCUUUCCGUGAGGCAGCUAGGCAGCACCAUCCAGAUGUUGUGCACACCGGGGAUGAUGAUGAAGCAAAAAAUAAAAUGCAAAAAAUCAUACAUGCAUACAAAAUCCUUCGCGAUCCAAAGACAAAAAAAGCAUACGACUUGGGUCAGUUGACGAACGAAAAAAACAAGUCUAAGUAG